AUGACCGGCUCGCGAUGCAGUUUUAACGUUUUUGCCGCCUCAAUUAAUAUUCGAACGGCUGUAAUAAUAAUGAAAAUGAAGUCUUCUUCAGCUGCCGUACAACUUAUUAAUCCAAAGUCAGAAGUUGCCCGAAGAGGGCAGGCCCUUCAACUUAAUAUCACAGCUGCUAUUGGCUUACAGGAACGCAAUUAUAAUAUUCACAAUUUAUAUAGGUUAGUUGAUGGAGCUGGUAGCAUCAAGAUCACCAAGGAUGGCAAAGUACUGUUGAGCGAAAUGCAAAUACAAAAUCCUACUGCUGCAAUGAUCGCAAGAGCUGCGACCGCUCAAGAUGAGAUUACUGGGGAUGGUACAACAUCAAUCGCUUUAUUGGUUGGUGAACUAAUGAAGCAGUCGGAAAGAUAUAUCUCGGAAGGACUACAUCCAAGAAUUAUUACAGAGGGUUUUGAUCUGGCAAGAGAUGAAGCGCUUGAGUUCUUAGACAAAUUUAAAGUUGAAAGGCCCAUUGAUCGGGAACUGUUGGUUAAUGUCGCUCGUACUUCUUUACGCACUAAAGUCCAUACCUUGCUUGCGGACACGUUAACUGAAGCCGUUGUUGAUGCAGUUUUGACUAUUAAACGCGAUAACGAACCAAUUGACUUGCAUAUGGUAGAAAUUAUGAAAAUGCAACAUAAAACAGGAGUUGAUUCGCGAUUGAUUCAAAAAUUGGUUGAAUCAGAAAGAAAAUUUACAGAUGAGAAAGUCAAAAAGAUUGUCGAAUUAAAGAAACAAGUUGUCGGGGAUAGCAAAAAAGGAUUUGUUGUUAUUAAUCAAAAGGGAAUUGAUCCAUUAUCAUUGGAUAUUCUUUGUAAGAAUGGUAUUUUGGCGUUGAGGCGUGCUAAAAGAAGAAAUAUGGAGAGGUUAGUAUACGUUGACGACUUAACACCUGAAGUCCUUGGACAUGCAGGGCUUAUUUAUGAACACAUUCUGGGAGAAGAAAAAUACACAUUUGUUGAAGAGGUUAAAAAUCCUAAAUCAGUUACAAUACUGAUUAAGGUUCGUGAUGGAUUAAGAGCCGUAAAAAAUGCAAUUGAAGACAAUAGUGUAAUACCAGGAGCUGGUGCAUUUCAAGUUGCACUGUGUUCGCAUUUAACAAAAUUCAAGGAUAAUGUUAAAGGACGAGCGAAGAUGGGAGUACAGGCUUUUGCGGAUUCAAUGCUGAUUAUACCAAAAGUUUUAGCACAAAACGGAGGGUUUGAUGCACAGGAUACUAUUGUUAAUUUACAGGAAGAAUAUGCAGCAGGACAUGUAGUUGGAGUAGAUUUAAAUACUGGAGAAAUCCUGGAUCCAGUAUUAGAAGGGAUUUGGGAUAAUUAUAGAGUUGUUCGUCAUAUGAUUCAUUCAAG